CAUUGAAAAAAAAAGAAAGCACGAAAAUUUGUCAACAGUGGGGGAGCAUCUCUUUUGUUUUAUGAAUUUAAAAAGAAAGUAAAACAAAUUUUAACGUAAUUUCAACAGAAAAGUAGUAAUAACCAGCGUCGUAAUCAUCUAGUGCUCGUAGCUGCUUCGUACAAACACUGUAACAUCCAGAAGUGGGUAUGGAGCAAGUGCUGCAGCAAGUGGCACAGACGGUGGAGAAGCAGCUGGACAAUGAACUGGAAAAGCUGGACGCGUUGGACAGCAGCGACCUGGAAGUGCUCCGCCAGCAGCGCAUCGCGGAGAUGAAACUGCGCGCCCGCAAGAAACAGGAGUGGCUCGCCAUGGGCCACGGUGAAUACACAGAGCUGGCAGACGAAAAAGAGUUCUUCACUGUGUGCAAUAAGAGUGAUAAUGUCGUGUGCCACUUCUACCGCGACGACGCGCCCCGGUGUCGCAUCGUUGACAAGCACCUCAAGAUCCUGGCCGCGAAACACGUGGAGACGAGGAUCGUGAAGCUCAAUGUGGAGCGAGCGCCGUUCCUUACAGCUCGACUGAAGGUGCGUGUGCUGCCCACUAUUGGGCUUGUGAAGUCCAACAAAACGACGGACUUCAUAGUGGGCUUCACGGAGCUGGGCAACCGGGACGACUUCAGCACUGAAAUGCUCGAGUGGAGGAUAGCCAGAGCUCAGGUUGUGGAGUACUCGGGCGACCUGACAGUGCCGCCUACGGAGGGGAAGAAACGCGUGCUACAGGUCCAGGGCAAGAGGAACAUUCGCGGACGGAACGACAGCGACUCCGACCUGGACAGCGAUUAACACUAAUAAAUAACUCAUCAUCCUUGUUAACUUUGCAGAAAUCCAUGAUAUACCAUGAAAAUUAAGCUUAAUUUGCUAUACUCCGCGAAAAGCAGGAGAAUCUGUAUGGUGUAAUUUAUAAUUUCCUCAGAUGUUGACUGAAUAAGGAAUAAUUGUUCAAUCAAACAAUCGAUUUUUAUUUUGCUUGAAUAUUACACAUGCAACAUGUUUACAUAGGUGUUAAUUAUUUUUUAUAAAUAUCAAAUAUCCUGCCAAAAUUGGCUUGCAAAAAUUUGUCGUAAAUACACAAAAAAAGAAGGAAAUGAAAAUAAAAGAUUAAAUAAAAUAUUAAUACUUAAAAAAUAAAGUGAAUUCAUGAAUGUCUAUAAUUGUUACAAUUUUUCAUUAGGGGCCAUCCAUAAAGUACGUCACACGAAUUUUAGGACUUUUGAACCCCUCCCCCCGUCCUUGUCACAGGUUGUCACAUUUUUAUAA